UUUGAUACUAAACAGAAUUAAAAUGUUACUGAAAAUAGAAGCGUGUAUGAUAUUAUUAUUAUAUUUGACGGGCAUAUUAUUUAUGCUUUUAUUUCCACCACGAAAUUUCAUUCAAUCCGGUGCAAAGCUCAGGAGUGUGAGGAGUGUUGGAGGUUCUAGGAAAUUUUCUCAUUUUGUUGAUCAAAAGAUAUUAGAAGGUGUCACUGAUCGUAUGGCUGUAGAAAACCUUGAAACAGUUCGGACAGUGCGUUUAAAGCCACCCACAGCAGCAAAUAAUAGUAUUAUAGCAAUAGAACUACAAAGCGACGCGCAGACAAAGAAACCUGGCAUACUCAUAAUUGGAGCGCUUAAUGCAAUGGCCUGGGGUGCAACGAACGCUAUACUCGAAUUGGCAGAUAAAUUACUAUUUGAUGCUAAUUAUCAGACACCAUUCUUCAACGAUUAUGAUUGGUAUUUUGUACCUUUAGCAAAUCCAGAUGGUGUUCAUUUUACACGUAACAUGCAAUCUUUGCGCCCCAUUGAUAGUGCGGUGUGGUCGAGAAAUGUUACCGCACGCAAUCAAACACGACCUUCACACUGGUACAAAAAUACCGAAGAAGAACAUGGGCAUAAGUGUUUCGGAAUAAAUAUUAAUCGAAAUUUUGCAUUUCAUUGGCAAGAUACCGAUGAUGUCCGUAAACUACCAGAUGUCUGUUCGCAAACUUAUUCUGGCAAGAGACCGUUCUCAUCGGCCGAGAGCCAGGCUAUCCGCUCUUACUUACACACUAUUGGCGACGAGAUCGAUAUGGCAAUACUCUUGCACGCAAGUUUUAUACCUAAAAAGGAAUAUAUUAUGUAUCCCUGGAGAUUUGCGUUGCGAUUGCCUAGUAACUACAAAACAUUGCAAGCCAUUGGAGAGUACGCGGCGACACAGUCAAGACUACCAGACGGCCGUCUGUACGAGGUGCACCAAGAGAGCAACGAAGGUCUGGUAGCUGGAUGUCUUACCGACUACUUGGCAGGAGUUAUUGGAACGGACCUCGUUUUUGUUAUUAAGCCUUAUCAUCCCAAAUACCCUAACAUAACGGACGCAGAUACAUUGGAAUUAUUUGUGAAGAAGUCUAUUUCGGCGAUUUUAAGCUUAGUUCGAGGUUGGCGGAGUAGCACGAAGCAGAACACGUUGUCCUUUUUUGGAAGAAAUGUUGAGUUUUAAAUAAAUUUAUUACCCUG